UAUUAACCUUCUCUUUCUAGCCACAGCACAACAGUCCACAGUCCAUAUAAAAGCUCUAGAUGAUCCCAUGCACCGAUGCUUUAUGGCAGCAAUACAAUUCAAACACCAACAGGUUUUGGCUUGUUUCACCUCCAGUAAAAAAGUCGCUAGUUGGUGUUCAGUUUCACUCUUCCCUCCUCUUUCUUCCCAGCUGCCUUUGAGCAUGGCUGCUGCAGAGAGCUGCUGACCAGUCAGACCAGUUUUCAACGUCGUGGCCUAAUUACCGCAUUGGCUUUAGGGAGUUUGCAUAGUUUAAAAGCUGCUUUUCAGAUGGUUUCCCUUCAUGGAACGGAGAGACGCAAAAGUGGGAUGUGUUGUAAGUCUUGAUGGGCAUUGGUCUCCGUACAAGAAGGACAACAAGACAUCGCCACAGGCGUGAGUCUUCCACGAGUGCAACAUGUUCUCCUCUGCGACCCCCUACAAGAACCAGCACUACGCUGAGCUCAAGAAGGAAUGCAUCAAGAGUAAAAAACUCUUUGAGGAUCCAGAGUUUCCAGCUAUAGAUUCGUCGCUGUAUUUUCGGAAACCACCGCGUGGUAUUGCGCAAUGGAAACGUCCUGGGGAGAUCAGCAAUGACCCGCACCUGUUUGUGGAGGGCGUCAGCUCCCAUGACUUGAACCAAGGCUCAGUGGGGAACUGCUGGUUUGUAGCUGCUUGCUCUUGCUUGGCCCUGAAACCUAACCUGUGGAAAAGGGUCAUUCCGGACUGGAAGGAGCAGGAGUGGGACUCCAAACACCCGGAGGAAUAUGCCGGAAUCUUUCACUUUCAGUUUUGGGUGUUUGGCAAGUGGGUGGAUGUUGUGGUGGAUGACCGCCUUCCUACAAUAAACGGAGAACUCAUCUACUGUCACUCCAAAGACAACAAUGAAUACUGGAGUGCUCUGUUGGAGAAGGCCUAUGCCAAGCUCUCUGGCUGCUAUGAGUCGCUUGAGGGGGGCAACACUGGAGACGCCGUGGUGGACUUCAGUGGAGCUGUGUCUGAGGCCAUCAACCUGGAGGGCGAGGCUUACUACAAAGACCAGAAGAAGCUAGACCAUCUCUUUGUAGACCUACUGAAGGUGUACGACCGAGGCGGCAUCAUAAGCUCCUCCAUUAAGGCGGAACCUCAUGAAAUUGAGCUCAAAAUGGCUAAUGGGCUGGUGAAAGGUCACGCGUACUCUGUGACGGCAGUAAAGAAGGUGCGUCUGGGUCACGGGCUGAUAGCCUACUUCAAGAAUGACACCAUCCCGAUGAUCCGCAUGAGGAAUCCCUGGGGAAAGACGGAGUGGAAUGGAGCCUGGAGUGACAGUUCUGAGGAAUGGUCAAAAGUCGGCGACACGGAAAGGGGCAACCUCGGUAUCACAGUGGAAGAUGAUGGCGAGUUCUGGAUGUUUUUCACAGACUGGUGCAAGUACUUCACAGAUGCCGACGUUUGCCGUCUCAUCAACACGUCUGUGUUGAGCCUCCAUAAGACCUGGCAUGAAGUGGUGCACUUUGGGAGCUGGACCAAGCAAGCGGAGCCUCUCUUGAACCGCUGUGGUGGCUGUGCAAACCAUAAGCAGACCUUCCUGCAGAACCCACAGUUCGUGUUCGACAUCACAAAGGAGGCCGACGAGGUCCUCAUCUCCUUACAACAGCGAGAUAUGAAAAUCCACAGGAAGAUUGGACAAGGGGAGAAUAUCACAAUCGGCUUCUGCAUCUUUAAGGUGGAACUAAACAGGAAAUACAGACUGCACGACAUCCUGACCCAGAACCUCGUACAGACGUCCACGUACAUAAACGCCCGCACGGUCUUCAUGCGAUGCACGCUGCAGCAGGGCCGCUAUGUCAUCCUGCCCACCACCUUCAAACCGUACACUCUGGGGGACUACAUGAUCCGACUCUUCACCGACGUGGACUCGGGCUGCCGGGAGCUGACUGAAGAUAAGCCCAGGGUGAGAUGUUGGAGUUCCUUCCUGGGAUACCCACAGGCCGUGACCCACGUGUAUGUGCACUCUGCUGAGGGUCUGCAGAACCAGGACAGUACAGGCGGCGCAGACCCUUACGUGAUCAUCAGCUGCGAAGGCCGCUCUGUAAAGUCCGCCAUCCAGAAGGACACUUUGACACCAGAGUUUGCAACCAGUGGUAUUUUCUACAGGAAGAAGCCCAGGAAGCCUUUAACUUUACAGAUCUGGAACAGUAAUGCAGUACAGGACCAGUUCAUGGGCCAAGUGAUGCUUUCCGCUUCUACGAAGGACACCGCCGAUCCCCAGAGGCUGCAGCUGAGGAAACAAGGCCACAACAUGGCCGAUGAGAUGCCGGGGAGCGUCACUCUAAGGGUCGUCACUUCCUCUCAGCUCACCGCCAUGUGAGGGCUCGCCCAUCGACUGAACUGUGAAACAAUGACGAGCACAACGUGCCUAUAGCCUCAUGAUUACUAUUUGUAAUGCAGGUAAUAAUAUUGCACAAUAACCUUUUUUUUAAUAUAACUUGUAUAUGACUUUUUACAGUGAAUACCAAAUAUUGUAUCACACUAACAUAAUGUGAGUAAGGCUACAUUGUGAUGUGGUCAAAUGAAUCUUGACUCACCAGACACAACGUUAGGUGCACCUGUAUCCGAUAGUAUUGCCUCUGUUUUGUUUGCAGUGCUGUGGAAGUGCACUGCAUCAUACCGAGGGCUAAUAUCUCACUAUAAUAACAUGGAGUAAACUAAGCAUUAUUACUAAUGAUGGCUAGAUCCGAAAAAGAUGUCAGAUAUCUGUUUGAUAUCAGCAAAAAAACAAUUGUUGGAUUAUAUUGGCUUCCAUAUAAGUGCCGAAACAAGCAGUCCUGCAUUAUGUUCAGUUGUGCAAAGUUGGGACAUCUUCUAGAUAAAGUGAACAUGGUAGGCUAUAGGCUACUAGGAGCUAGCAGCUACACAACAGCUGGGCACACAAUAGCACACAAGCUAGACAUACGACGUAAAUAUCCUUAAUUGAACAAUAUUCCAGUCUAAAACAUGACACUUGUAAAUACAAACAAGUAUCAAAUAAUGAUAGUUAUAUUUAAGGUCUCCAAGGCAGAAGCAUAUUAGAAAGUGUCCAGCAACGAAUGGGCCCGCAUAAUUCCAUUUACUGUGAUGAGUUUAAUUUAAUUUUUGUGGCCACUAGGUGUCGACAAAUACAUUUACCACUCCACUUCAAUUUAAAUAAAACAUAAGCCAGCUAGUAAUAAGCAGUUUAGUGUUAUUUUCUGAGUAAUUGCACAUAAUCAAGCAUUUUCAACAUUCUUCACUUCAAGUAAAGUAUUAUGUAAAGUAUGUAUGAUUCAUGCUGCCGUCGUAUAGCAUUAAUAUCUGUAGCAGCUCUAAUAUCAGUAUCGUAUUGGAAGCAAAAAAGUUGUAUCGAAACACCCCUCAUCAUUACCAUAAUCAUUUUGAUACAGAUCUUGUAAUGGAUUAUCAUCACUUUAGAUUGUGUCCAUGGGUGUGUUGACAACUAGCAUUCUCUGCAGUGAAACAUGUUUUUAAUGAUUUAUUAAUAACCGCCAAAACUUAAGUGUUUGAAAAAAAUAACCUGGUUAUGCAAAAAGACAAAUGUCCACCGCAGAGGACACUUGUCCUCAGGAAGUCAGCCUGCAGCAAAAGUUACAGCACAUAGCCUCAACAUAUUACAGCGACGCUUGUUUCCUCCUUUUAUUUCAGUCCAGUUCCCAAACUGUGAUGUUUUCUUUUUUUUUUGUUUUGUUUACACUCAAGACACAGCCAUGCACAAUUCAAAGUUCAAAAAGUCUAUUGCUUCAACCACAAAAAUACUUUAUGCAAAACCUCAUGUCUCCCAUCGCUCGUUUUG